AUGGGUGAAAAACUGGAAGUUGCUGCACCUUCUAGAUCGAUUUUGAACGACAAGUGGGAUGUCGUGCUAUCUAAUUUGGUGGUUAAAGCUGGGUUAGGGUUCAGUGUGGGUGUUCUCGCUUCGGUAUUAUUUUUCAAAAGGCGUGCAUUUCCAGUGUGGUUGGGUAUUGGGUUCGGUUUGGGUAGGGGUUAUGCAGAGGGUGAUGCAAUUUUCCGUUCUCAUGCUGGUUUGAGGACUAUGAAGGCUUGA